AUGCUGUUUUCGUCUGAAGAUCCGCUUAAAACGGCCGCGAUGGAAUAUAGCCAGCGGCCUCCCAAGGGCACGCCCGAGUCUGUUACGAUCCCCAACUCGGAGCUACCCGGUCGAAGCAAGAUAUACAGACAUUGGAAGGUCGGCAGCGGAGAACUGCCCCAGUCCAUUGACCCAAAUGUUCGCACGGGUCAUGAUAUGUUUGAAUCCGCAGCCUUGAAACAUCCAAAACGGCCCUGUCUGGGCUACCGUCCUUGGGUUCCCGCUACACAGAGCUAUGGCCCGUAUGUUUGGAUUGACUACCAGACUGUCCAGAAGCGACGUGCCGCAAUUGGGGUUGGUCUGGCGGAGCUUCACGAGCGCAUUGGUGUUCAGGGACGAAAUUAUGGUGUUGGCCUCUGGUGCCAAAACCGCCCUGAGUGGCAGCUUAUCGACCUGGCAUGUAUGUCUCAGGGAAUUUUCUCGGUUUCGCUCUAUGAAACCCUCGGACCAGAAGCUACCGAGUAUAUCGUUCAGAAUACCGAGCUUGCCUGUGUUGCUUGCUCUCUCCCCCAUGUCCCAACCCUGCUCCGAUUGAAGCCUCGUCUUCCUAGCUUGAAGUUCAUAGUAUGCCUGGAAGAUCUCGACUCUGAUGAGCCGCAAGGCCACUCCAAGCGUGACAUCCUCAACCCCAUUGCUGCGGAGCUUGGUGUUACCAUCUACACGAUGAAGGAGGUCGAAGAGCUCGGAGCUUCCCUCAACAAGCCUUACACCCUCCCAUCUCCAGAGGACACUAUCACCAUCAACUAUACCUCUGGAACUACUGGCAUGCCCAAGGGAGUUGUCCUUACCCACUCCAACGCUGUAGCUGCCGCUUCAUGCUCGCUAAGCACGAUUAACCAGGGAACCGAUGACGUCGCUUGCUCCUAUCUACCCCUUGCCCAUAUUUAUGGACGGCUAGUUGAGCAGACUCUUCUCUGGGCUGGUGGCCGAAUCGGCUACUUCCACGGGAAUAUCCUCGAGCUUGUCGACGACUUCAAGCUCCUGAGGCCUACUGUCCUUGCCUCUGUUCCUCGUCUUUAUAGCCGUUUCGGUGGAGCUAUCCGUGCCGCAACUGUGGAACAACCUGGCUUCAAGGGUGCUCUCUCCAGACAUGUCGUUGCAACCAAGACCGCGAACCUAGUUGAUGCCAAGCCAAAGGAUGCCAUACUUACGCAUUCCUUCUACGACAAGAUCUGGACCAGGAAGGUCGCUGCUGGACUUGGGUUCGACCGCAUGAGGUGCAUGGUCUCUGGUUCUGCACCACUCGAUUCUUCUCUACAUCAGUUCCUCCGAAUUGCAUUCGGUGCCAAUAUUGUUCAGGGAUAUGGUUUGACUGAGAGCUACGCCAUUGCUACCUGCCAAUCCUCAUAUGACUUGACGGCCGGCCACUGUGGUUCUCUAGCCAUUUCCCAGGAGGCAUGUCUCCUAUCUCUUCCAGACAUGGAAUACUCUGUCGACGAUAAGCCAUAUCCCAGAGGUGAAUUGCUCCUUAGAGGAAACGCCAUGUUCAAGGAAUACUACAAAAACCCCGAAGAAACGGCCAAAGCGAUGACUGAAGAUGGCUGGUUCCGUACCGGAGAUGUCUGCAAGGUUGACGAAUUUGGUCGCUUCCACAUCAUCGAUCGCCGGAAGAACUUGCUCAAGCUUGCUCAGGGUGAAUACGUGUCUCCUGAACGCCUUGAGGGUAUCUACCAGAGUUCCUGCCCAUAUAUUGCCCAGUCGUUCGUCCAUGGCGAUAGCAUCCAGUCGCAUCUUGUUGCCAUCUUUGGCAUCCAGCCUGACAUAUUCGCUCCCUUCGCCAGCAAGGUGCUGAGGAAGCAGAUUGCCAUGGAUGAUGUCGAGGCUCUCAAAGCCGCUGCCAAUGACGAGAAGGUCAUUCUCGCUGUCCUCAAGGACAUGGAGCGUGCUGCUAAGACGAACAAGCUUUCGGGAUACGAAAAGGUGAAGAACAUUGCGCUCAUGGUCGAGCCAUUUUCCAUAGAUAAUGGACUCUUAACCCCUACUCUAAAACUCAAACGUCCUCAAUCCGUCAAGAUGUACCGCGAUGUGUUUGAUAAGCUAUAUGCUCACACCCCCAACCUCUCGGCGGCAACCGCCCCCAAGGCUAAGCUCUCUUGUAUCCCCAGUAAUAAACUACGAGAGCAACGACAUCACUCUUCGCUGCGAUUAAGGGCGAGACGUGAACUCGGCAGUCUAGCAGCCAUGCAUUUCUCAUAUUCCUCUCUUCUGCUCUCGCUCCUCGCCCUAUCUUCCGGCGCUGUCUCGUCAAUACUAACCGUCACCCUCCCGGCGUCUGUCAAUCCUAGCUCUCUCCCACCCUCCACCUACGCAACCCUCACCACGAUCUCGCUACCUAAUGGACCCUUAAAAGCGCCAUUAUCCCACCUCUCGACUUUCGUGUUCGACAACCUAUCGCUUCCCAUAGGUGCUAAGGAUUUCCAUGAGCCGAUAUCAUACCUCCUUGACAUCCAUUCACACAAUCAUGUUUUUGCGCCAUACAGAGUCGAUGUAUCUGCCGAGACGGGGAAGAUCAUUGGCGUCUGGGAGACAUAUCGUGGUCACCCAUGGGAUAAUAAGGGAGCUGAGAAAAUCCUUCCCGGCGGGGGCUAUGCGCCCGGAGUAGUUGUGGUGGAGGCGAAGAUGCUUGCAAAGAAGGAAUUCUACGAGCAAAGAGAAAAAUUUUCGCCGCUGAGCUUAUUGAAGAAUCCAAUGCUUCUUCUCGCCGUCUUCGCAUUGGGUGUUACGGUUGGAAUGCCUUACCUUAUUGACAGCAUGGACCCUGAAACUCGUGAGGAAUUCGAGAAACAGCGGUCGGCGAAGAAGACUGGUGCCAACCCUACUCCGGGAUUCGAUCUGGCCGGCUGGAUGGCGGGGACAAGCCCCAAUCUCAUCGAAACCAACAAACCUGCUGCUUCUAGUGGGAGGGAACAGGAGCCAGCUGCAGCGUCGGUUCGGAGGAGAGGUUAG